AAAAAGCCCAUUAAAAGCUGUUACUUGCACGGGAUUGAGCGCAACUGCAGAACCGCAGCCAUUCAAGUUGAUGAGGAAACGAGACGUACUGCUGCCGAUAGGAGAAAACCACUCGUGCCUGAGAGAGUAAGGGAGAUUGCAUUCCAAACAUAGUCAAUACAGUUCACGAACGCCGCAAUGGGCUUCGCAGUUCAAGUAAAGACGAGAAAGUGGGCACGGGCGCUUGUGAAUAGCAUGACUCACAGCUGUUGAGCUCAACGUUCGUGGAACCUUUUGCCUCAGCGGACCGGUUCCGAAGCAUUUCGCUCACAAGCCACAUCGCCUUGUAUCGACGCAGACGCCUCGCGCGGCGAUUCUAACAUUCCGUGAUAGAUAACCAUAAACAGACAAUUCUGUAAUCGAAAUAGUGUCAGUGACAUCACUCCCAGUGUUCAGUGAUCGAUGGUGCAGUGAAGUGGGUUAAGUGCUCGCCUGGCCAGAAGAAUACCGAGGACACUUUCACUAGACUGAAAGUGUAAAAACAUUCUUUCGGCGACUUCUUCGAAGGGCUUUCGGAAUUUGGAUUUAAUUUUACGAAGAAUGCCAGCUACGUGAUCAACCGCCGCUACUCGAGGGGCAAGAUGUCUCCCGUGUGCCACAACUUCGUCCAGAAUGCUUGGAAGAAGGACUUCUGCUCCAACUGCUUCAAGUCGCGAGAAGAACACGCCAAGCAGCAGGACCGUGGCGAGGGUGGCAAGUUCUCAGCCAUAUCCUUCCCGACACCAUUCAUCAAGAAGUCCUCCAACUCUGGCAUCCUAAAAGUACACCCAGCCAAAAAGGCCAAAAGAAACGUGAGGUUUCCAGAAGAAGUCUCGAAGGUUAUUGGGUAUGGAGGCGAUGAUUGGUCCGAUGGCGAAGAGUUCGAAGUCUCUGAAGACACAGAAGAUGAUGAUAUAUUUCCAGAGACAGAGGCGGAAAGAGAACUACACAAGAUCACAAAGUCUAACACAGAUUUUAACACAGUCAAAGCUAAUCUGCUCGGGGAUUCAGUGGCCAAGUCGUAUACGUCACUGAUGCUUGGUAAAGCUCAAACGGAUUCCGAUGGAAAGAAGAAAACGUUGAUGGUUUCUGUAACGCCAUUUGGACAGGAUGCAGUCAAAGGCAACGUUAAGUCACACGUUCGCAAACCCGCCGUUAUACAUUUAACCAAUCCAACACCAAUCGAAGAAACUCCAAACAAUUACAAAACAAACAUAAUAUUAACUUCUUAUACUAAGGAUACCGAUACCACCAUCAGUACAAACAAUGAAUCUUCAGAAAUGAUAUGCCACGAAAAGUCGUUGCUAGAGGAAAUAUCAGAAACGUUAGAACAAAAUAGAAUAACGGAAUUCAAGGGAAGUAAAUUGUCGCAAAGCACGUGUACAAAGCCAAUGGUCAUUGAAGAAACUAUUAAGGCAGAAGUUAUAAAAGAGCAAGAAGAAAUGACUGAGAAAGAGAAAAAGGAGAAUGAAUUCAAGAAAAUCGCCAUCGUACGACACACGCCUAUAACCAAAAACACAGAAAGACCAAAAGUGAAUCUUGCCACACGUUCAGAGUUCAAAUUCUGUAAAAUCAAUAUGGAAACUACUAGCGUGGAUUCAGCAGUUAGCACAUUGAACUCUACCGCUGACAAUUCUGUCGCUUCUGAUGACGAGAGCUUCAACGGGCGAUUAGACUCGGACAAUGAUGAUAGUGGUCACUUCUCGGAAGGCAACAAAUGCGAAGAAACAGUAAAGAUUAAAGUUUUCAAUGAAAAAGACAGUAACAACAUGAAUAUUUCGCCUCUAGGGCAAGCCAGGCAAGUUGACGGCCAAAACAGCGGUUACUCCACAUUCCAAGCUCCAGUCAUUGAUUUGCCACCGAUAAUUCCUAAACAAACUGAUACAAUGUUCUCGGCCGAAGCCAGCAGAGAGCUAGCUGGUGAACCAGACGGUCGAGCUGAUCCCGACGAGCCAACAGAAGCGCCGGCACUGCCCACCACUCCCAUGCCGACACUAGACCCUCGGCCAUCCUUCUUACACGGCAUGAUUUCAGAUCUCAUGCCCUCAAGCAAACCGGCUCUGCCAGAAAAACCUAAACUUCCAAUCAAACCCCUCUCCGUCAUAAAACAAACAACGACAAAAAAGAACAUCACAAAUGUCCAACAGCACGUCGUGAUGCAGAUGCAGCAGUCUGUAAACACCAAAACUGAGAGUGAGGUGCGGUCAAUCAAGGAGAUUCUGUGUGAGGAAAAGAACAACGAAAUCACAGAAGUGCAGGAAGAUAAGCCUGAGCCUGUGUACUACGCGAAGCCGGUUCUGACCAAACAGGAUAGUGACACGUCGCUGCACAGCAUGACGAAGCGGAAGGCCCCUACGCCACCGGCCUCGCCCACAGUCGAUGACUCUCCCAACAACAUAUACCAAAGAAACCCAAACACUUACAUGAACUCAGAUUCGCCAGUUGUCAGGGAAAAGGAGAAGAGGGAAAGGGCCACGUCAACGCCCAAAACUAAACCGGUGGAAGAAACCCCGGAAGUGAAAAGGGCCGUAGAGUCGCCAGUCCCAGAGCCGGCACCGAGGAGAAACAUUUCACUAUCACACGACAAUCUACUCAUAGAAGAAAAACGUAAGGGUCACAAGUACAAGUUUUCAAUCAAAAAGCUUCUAAGAAUCGGUUCGUCGAAGGACUUGGAUAAGAAAGAGCUGACCGUACCUCCCAUGCCCAAACAGUUACCGACGAAAAACGAAGAAAUAUACGACUAUGCCCCUAAGCCUAAGCCUCGCCUCGUAAUCAUACAUCCUUUGGAUAUCAACGGCUCGAACGUAGAGGUCGUCAAAUCGAAUUGCGAGAUCACGGAGAGUUUACGCAGGAUGAGUCACGAUGACGUGUCGUCGAUAUACAGCGGAAGCAGCGCGCACACUGACCCAGAAAUCCCUGCCCGAGUGGUCAACAAGCCGCCCCCUCCCCCGCGACACUCCAGCGAAGAGUAUAAAGGAUCCUCAUCCUCGCCAACGAAGCCCGACCGGCCGCCGCCACCGAAAUCAGCCGCGCUACAGAAAAAACAAAAGCAACCGGCCGCCUCCACAGCACCUGCCAAAAGCGACACUAAUAUUUAUGCUAAUCUAGGUGAGAUAAGAUCGGCUUUGGCGCCUCGCAAGCCGGAGCGCACGGCGAGCAUGCGAGAGCGGGAGGCCCAGCUCGAGCUGCCGAAGCGCCGCGUCAUCGUCGACGACCACGACGAGCUCGACGACGCCGCGCCCGAGCUGCCCGCCGGCCUCGUGCAGGCCGCUAACAUCGCAGUCAUCAAUAACUACGACGACGUCUAUCACUCGGCCAAGUAUGAUACUGAUAGCUGCCUCGAGGACAACCAAUGCGACUCCGCUAAGAGUAGUGACAGUGAUUAUGAGUAUGUGAGCCACGCCCGCUCCAGCUCUCCUGAAUGCGAUUCUGCCAUCAAGGGAGAAGGCGAAGCGACACCGCCGAGGGAAGAAACACCUAGAAAAGAGGAAACCAACGCGGAAUACUCGAAAUUCCCGAACGGAUUCAACCGCUCUUCCCUCCCCUACUGCGGAAGCGAAACCGAAUCGGAGAUCUACUCGCCGUACAGUUUCUACAGCUCCACCGACGCUAUGGACGGUUCCGACGAUUAUCAGAGCGAGAUGGCGCCUAAAACCACCACCAACAAGCUGCGAGUGCGAAAGGGACGCAGCGUGGUUCACAGGAACUUGGAAGACAACUACGGAGCGGUCGUGAUAGCCAACCACGAGGCCCUUGCGCAAGUCUUGGAACAGGUUCAACAAAGUGCCACAAUACAGUCAACCCUUCGAGGUCUGAAAGCUUGCACCAAUCUCCGCUACAACGACUUUACAAUCCAGCAGAAGACUUCGUCCAUCAGAAACGGCAAGAGGAUAUUCUACCCAGCCAUCUGGAACUCCAGCCAGGGUCCUGUGAACGUGACCCUGAUGCUUCAUAAGGAACAGAUGGCCUCGCAGAUAGUCUGCCAGCAGUCGGUUCAGCCACAGACGUUGAGUUUGAACGCUGUAACUGAGUUCUGCGACUUGGUCCCCUUGCAACAGUUUGGGGAGGACGGCGAGGAUCUUGUUCAAGCCACCGUGGUAGUAUUGGCGCCGGCCCAAGUGGACACCAUCCAGUCUUACGGCGAAAGCCUGCAUGCUUCAGAACGACUCACUACCAAGGAGUAUCAACUGGUCCAAACAGAACAACUACACGAAGCCAUAUUCAUGAUGCUUCAACUGAUCAACGGACUGAAGUGCCUUCAAGCGAGGGGUGUAGAAGAAGUCCCGUUGACUCUAACCUCGUUUGUCGUGAUGAGGGAAACCCAAGCUUCGGGGGUGCAUGGGAGCACACUCAAUCUGCCAACGGACGAUCGACUCACGUCGCUGUCGGCGCCGAAGACCAAUAGCUAUGGGAGGCUUUGCAUUUUGCAGGGAUUGAGCGAAGAAACAAACUGCAGCAAAACAGCAGACGAACAUCUCAAUUCGCUGUGCAAAUGUGCGACAAAAGCCGUUGAAAUCCUACUUCCUGGAGAGAAACUGACGCCAUUACUCAAAGAAGUAUUGCGAGAAGAGAGGGCCGUAUCUCUGAACCAGGCCAAAUCAGUACUAGAAUUCACUCUUUGGGGACCUUUGGACGUUGUGCAAGGGGUGCCAGUGGAGGAUAGAGAGUUGUCGCUUCAAAGAUGGCUGGACUUAGAACGGGCGACUGUUCUACACGGGCUAGUCAGGUCCAGGGUCCAGUUGAAUGUCUUCGAACAGUUACAUCUAAUGUUCUUAGUUCGUUCGUCAGCUAAAGCCAUGUGUGACGCGUCAGUGUUGCUAGAGAAAGCGAAUGUAUAUUAAAAUCGGUGGUAAGGGUUGUACAUUUUUAUGCUAGUUCUUAAAUUAGGCACCUUGAAAGACUUGUUGUUAAUUCGUAAAUAGUUUGUAAGUUUAAUUCUGUCAGAGGACCAGUCUUGAUAUUAUUGUUUGUGCUCGAAUUUAAUAUUUAUAAGUAAGUAAAUUAAUAUUAUGAAUGUUGCGGAUGUUUUGAAAGAGGUAAGUAAUUGAAUGAUUUUGUAAUAUGAAAGGACUCAUUGGAGUAAGAACUAACAAAAAGUAGGUAUAUAACUGGAAAACAUAUAUUUAUACGGUCAUAUAUUUUAGAACGAGAUACGAAAUAAUUUUACUAAUAUUGUUGUCAGGAAUAAGAUGUAUUACACUCUGACUUUAUAAUGGUAUUUUAUAUAAAGAAUAUUUAUCAAAGUUAAUAUUAGAGCAUAACAUAUCUUUUUUUAUAUUGUAUUUGUACAUAAAAUGUGCUUUGUGCCAAUCAGAAAGAACUGAACUCUAUAUACUCAAUUUAUAUAUUUCCGGUGCCUUAUUAUUUACUUAUAAUUUAGAACGUACUGUAAAUCUUAAAUCAAUGUUUAAUUUAUAAUAUUAAAACUUGAGUUCAAAAUGUUUUCCUUAAGUUUGUUCAGUAAGAACACUAUUGUAUCAUCGAAAUAUACUGAUUAAUCUAACAAAAUAA